GCAUGGGAGACUGGUCAAUUCUGGGACGCUUCCUAGUGGAGGUUCAGAACCACUCCACAGUGAUCGGGAAGAUCUGGCUGACCGUGUUGCUGAUCUUCCGAAUCCUGCUGGUGACUCAGAUAGGAGAUGCAGUGUACAGUGACGAGCAGUCCAAGUUCAUCUGCAACACACUCCAGCCGGGCUGCAACAACGUCUGCUACGACACGUUUGCGCCAGUCUCACAUCUGCGCUUCUGGGUCUUCCAGAUUGUCCUGGUCUCUACACCAUCCAUCUUCUAUAUCAUCUAUGCUCUCCACAAAAUUACCACAGAUGAGAAGGCUCGGACAGAGCGACCCCAGCUCCACCACCCACAUGUUGAGUAUGUCAGGCAGUCGGGUGGAGAAGGUGACGUUUAUUUGGGAGGUAAGCCAUCAAAUGGGUUACAAGAUGAGGAAAGUCCCAGUGAGGAGGAGUGUAUGGAGAAGAGCCUCCUGCAGGAUGAUGACAGAGAGGUUGGCAAGGACCCUACGGAAUAUUCGGGCCCGAUUUUAUUGAUAUACAUUGUCCAUGUGGUUCUUCGAUCCAUUCUAGAGAUCAUGUUCCUGGUGGGUCAAUACUAUAUGUUUGGAUUUAAGGUGCCAUUUCUGUUUCGCUGCAAGGCCUACCCAUGCCCAACUCGAACUGACUGCUUUGUGUCACGUGCUACUGAGAAGACCAUAUUCCUAAACUUCAUGUUCAGCACUAGUCUCGGCUGCUUUCUUCUCAACAUCGCUGAGCUUCACUAUCUAGGCUGGGUCUAUAUCUUCCGCAUAUUAUAUACAGCAUGUUUACGGUGUUGUGAAUCUAAAAGGAAACUGCAUGUUUCCCACAGUCCUUUGCAGCUUAGGCUCAGUCAUUCAAUGCGAGGCAGGCUGAUUCUGCAGUCCUCCUCUUCAGCCACUCUGUCCCAGGAGAAGACAGCCACUGCCUUGCUCUCACAUGGACCAUCCAUUUCUUUUGAGACAGACUCAACACUAGAGUGCACCUCGAGGACAAACCCAGAAGAAAAAAAGUGCACAGGAAUAAAAUCAGCCAACAUAGCUAAGUUGAGCAGCAAGAAGUCUUGGUUAUGA